AAAGAUCGUGAGAGUUGUGCUUCCCCACUAUUUUUUUGACUAAUGUUGUGCGUGUUAUUCGGGUUUCUCUUAACAAACACCCUCUGCCUCCUGCCUCUAGACUCAAUAUGUUUUGUUUUGUUUUACGGUGUGAUCAUCAUCAUGUGAUCAUUGGUGGGUACCCAAUCUUAAUGCUGAUGCUGCUCCUGUGACGCUCUUGUUUCUUUUUCUGAUACACUGUUUCUGGGUUCCUCUUCCUGUUCCUGUUCAUCUAUGAUCAAUCAUUCAUCAUCUUCAUCGUGUUUUCUGCAACACAUUCUGUUGUGUUCAUCCUAAAGGGAAGAAACGAAACAAGAAAGAACAGAAAUCUGUUUGUUGUUGCAUGAUUUCUGUUCAUCGUUUUCAUGUAAAAAUAUGAAGUCCUCCCCCAAUUCUGUGACUUUACGUGCAGAUCCAAGAAGCGGGAAAUCACGCCUUUGUAACGUUCUCCCGGCAGCUUCUCUGCUAUGUCUACUGUUUCUCAUACUCACCUUAUCAUCAGAGUACAAAGAAGAGAAAUCAUCACUUUGGAGAGUCACAAACAGCUUGCAGAAUCUAAAGAACAAAUGCAAGAAUCAAUACAGGCCUUAUGGAAGUGAGGCAUUGCCUCAAGAUAUUGUCUCCAAGACUUCUAAUUUGGAAAUGCGGCCCUUAUGGAAUGAAAAAAAGAAACGCUCAAAAUCUUCAGUUAACUUGUUGGAGAAGAAAGGUGCAAAUUCAACUAAUUUAUUUGCGAUGGCUGUUGGUAUAAAGCAAAAAGAUCUUGUCAGUAAAAUGGUCAAAAAGUUUCUGUCAAGUGGUUUUGUUGUGAUGCUUUUCCAUUAUGAUGGUAUCGUCGAUGAGUGGAAGGAAUUUCAAUGGAAUGAUCUUGUUAUUCAUGUAUCUGCAAUCAAUCAAACUAAAUGGUGGUUUGCCAAGCGUUUCUUACAUCCUGAUAUAGUUGCUGAGUAUAGUUACAUUUUUCUCUGGGAUGAGGACCUUGGAGUUGAAAAUUUCCACCCCAAACGGUAUGUAUCCAUUGUUCAAAAGGAAGGCCUUGAGAUAUCACAACCAGCACUAGAUUAUUCCAAGUCAGAGGUGCAUCAUCUAAUUACUGCACGUUUGAGAGGAUCGAUAGCACACAGAAGGACUUACAAGGCUAGUAACAAUGGGAACGGUUGUGAUGGAAGCAGUACAGCUCCCCCUUGUACCGGGUGGAUAGAAGUGAUGGCUCCUGUUUUCUCGAGAGCUGCCUGGCGCUGUGUAUGGCAUAUGAUCCAGAAUGACUUGAUUCAUGCAUGGGGCCUGGAUAUGCAGCUUGGCUAUUGUGCACAGGGCGAUCGAACUAAAAAUGUUGGUGUUGUGGAUGCUGAGUACAUAAUCCAUUAUGGUCGCCCUACAUUGGGAGGCUCAGAUGAAAAUGAGGAAUCAUCACCAAAAUCUAGUGGAAAGGACCAUAGAGUUGAUGUGAGGAGAGAAUCUUACAACGAAAUGAAGGUGUUCAAAAGGAAAUGGGAACGAGCUGUCAAGGAUGAUAAAUGUUGGAUUGAUCCAUACAAGUAAGUAGCAAAGGUGGUUCUAGUGAGUGAGAUGGGACAAGCUUAAGCUAGCUGAGAUUAGGAAUUAAUAUCAUACACAACUUCACCAACUCAAUGUUCUUUAGGAUGCGAUUGAGGGUUGCAUUCAUUUCACAUUUAAGUAAGUCCGUGAGGCUGAAUUUGUUUUGUUCUUCUUCUGCACAAGACAGUGGAAGUGUAAAUGUCGGUAUAGGGAGGGUAUGAGGAGCAAGAAAUCAACCCCCUCCCUCUUAUACUUCAGUUCAGUGAGUAGUGACAGUGAGAACAGCAUAUCACAUUCGUCAUCUUUUUGUUCUUUGGAAGUCUUGUUUUACUCGAAGGUGUUGUGCACUGAAGUUUUGGUGGUAAAAGUGGUUGGUUAAGCGGUAGUAACUAGUAUAUUGAUGGAGGAGGAUAGUAGUUGUAAAGUAUGACGUAGGUACAUACUAAAGAGGAAUGCAAACAAAGAAUGAAGUAGACGCUGCAAUUACUAAUUGGUUUGGUAACCACAAUAUGUCUGUCAGCAGUGCUCUCUCUCUCUCUCUCUCUCUCUCUCUCUCUCUCUCUCUCUCUCUCCAUUAAAAAUUCAGAUAGGGAUGGAGCCUCCUCACAUCUAUCCGCAUGCCUUUUUUCAUUCACACAUCUCUCUCUCUCUCUCUCUCUCCAUUUAUCUAUCUUCUGUAAUACUCAAUGUGUUUAUAAUUCAAGUGGUCAAAAGCAUUUAUCUUU